AUGUCUAUUUCUCUUCCUACCGCGGCGGUCCUAUGCCUGGGCGUAGCGGUCCUCAUCUACCGCCUGAGUCAGAUGGGGAAACGGCUCCCCAAUAUGCCUCCGGGACCUCCCACGCUCCCUUUCCUUGGGAACGCCUUACAGAUCCCCCGCGAGGGCUUUUACAAGAAGAUGAAAGAGUGGGCUGAGACAUAUGGCAAGAUCUACUCACUGACCGUCGGCCCCACAAACAUCAUUGUUCUAUGUGAUCGAAAAGCGGUCCGGGAUUUGAUCGAUAAGAAGUCUGCGAUCUAUUCUGACAGACCCGCGGACUACGUCGGAAGGCUACUCACAGGUGGGGACCACACGCUUAUAGAUGACUAUAACGCGGAAUGGCGAGAGAAACGCAAGCAAAUGGCCCAAGUACUGUCUCCCAGAAGAUGCGACGAGCAACACUCUCCUAUCCAAGAGGCAGAGGCUAAAUGCUUGCUGCUCGGCUUUCUCGACGACCCCGAACAUUGCAUAGAGCAUAUCAAGCGGACCACUGCUUCGAUUGCUGGCAUCAUUACUUAUGGCCAGCGAGCCCCUACCAUCGACCAUCCAUAUGCGACGCAAGUGUUCGACAUUAUGCAAGAAUGGACCGAAGCGAUGGGACCUGGAGCCAACCCCCCCGUGGACGUUUACCCCAUCUUCAAGCUCUGGCCAACCCGCUUUGCUCCAUGGAAGCAACGCGCUUACCGAGUCAACAAGAAGAUGGAUGUGGCAUGGGCCGGAACUCUGAAUGCGGUGCGGAAGAGGCGUGCAGUUGGUGACAAGCGAGAGUGUAUGGCUGACUCGCUACUGGUAGAGGUGGAGAAGAACCCCAAUUACAUUCUUUCAGAGCAUUCCAUUCAAAACCUACUCGGCGAGAUGAUUGAGGGUGGCGCAGACACGACAACGGCGCAGCUCUCGACCUUUCUUGUGGCUAUGGCGUGCUACCCUCGUGUGCAAGCAAAAGCGCAAGCCUUGAUCGAUGAGAAAAUCGGUUCAGGCCGGUCGCCCACCUGGAAGGAUUUCGACAGCCUCUCAUAUAUUAACGCCAUGGUGAAAGAGGGAUUGCGCUGGAGACCUGUCACUAGUGUCGGGUUCCCCCAUAAAGUCCGGGAAGAUGACACUUACGAAGGCAUGCUUAUUCCUAAAGGAUCAACUGUCUUUGUUCCUGUUUGGGCUUUGAACCAUGAUUCUGCUCAAUUCAAGGACGCUGAAGAGUACUGGCCAGAGCGAUAUGAUGGGUUCUCGAGGCUGGCCGACUCUUACUCCGGCAGCGGAGACUAUGAAGGACGAGAUCAUUACACAUACGGUGCAGGCCGACGAAUCUGUCCCGGUAUUCAUCUCGCAGAGCGCAAUCAGUGGCGAUCCAUCGCCAAGAUCCUCUGGGCUUUCAAAAUCUCGAAAGCGAGAGAUCCUGUCACUGGAGAAGAGAUAGACAUCGACGUUAAUGCGUACAAGUCAGGUCUCGCGCAAUCCCCGCUACCUUUCAAAGUUCACAUAGAGCCCCGUAGUGUGGCGCAUGCCGCCACGAUUCGUCGGGAAUGGGCUGAGGCAAAGGAAAUCUUGGCCAAGUAUGAGUGAGGGCCGUCAUGGUUUUGUCUCAAGUUUUUGUAGACGUAACUUAUAGAAAUGAAAUCAUGAAGUCUCGCGAUAUACCACUCAACUUUCUCCCCUUUUCGAAACCAGAGUGAUGAGCGCAUUGGCCUUUUCGGAAACAAAGCGCAUCUCCGACAGGCCAGUGAUGAAGAUAGUUGGAGGAACUUUAGUAUGCAAGCUGGCUUUCGCAUUUCCAAUAGAUAUGGCACUGUAGUGAGACAUCCCCCCGCACCUGCUAGGCGAGCGCGCGGGUUUCUUCGUAAUUUCUGCACGACACUCACGCAUAAGGAAGGUAUAUCGCCUUGAGAGUACAUUGAUGCUAUUGAGAUUUGUUGUCGUAGCUUCGCCAGUGCAGUGGGACAAACGCCCCCCCACCCCCUCCGCAACUGUUAGGCGGGUUUCUUCUUGACCCACUGGAAACACACGAUAGUCGAAAG